AUGGAUUUAAUGGAUAAUUUUGAAAAACCGAAGGGUUACGUUCGUUCGCAAUUCAAAUAUUUGGAAGAAAAAGUUAAAGAGCGAGAAGAAACUAAAGCAAAUAUUAAUAAUUUAGGAGAAAAGGUUAGAGAAGAAUCCAAAGCCAAGCAAGAAAUUAUUAAUAAUUUAAAAGAAAAGGUUAGAGAACGAGAGUAG